CGCAGCGAGAUCGGAAUCAAGAUUUAGGCUAGUCGUUAUCGAUAGAGAAAAAAGUGGCAUUUCAGGUGGGAUUUUAGGGAUUUCUAGGUGGGCAGGUGGGAUUCAUGGAUGGUUUCACCAACUUUUAUUUUCUAAAGUGAUUUCCUUUCGGCAAUUAUAAAGUUGACAAAAACUAGAAGUCGUUGCUCUCCUUUUUCCUCUCCGUUUCUCCUUUCUUCUCUUCCCGUCGGCGAUUUGCGACUUGCGAGCGACUUUCCAUUUCACAAUGGCUUCCCGAUUUGCAGUUCGAAGACUCCCUUCUGCCAGAAUACGAUGUCUAUCAUCUCAAGCGACAGCGACCUCCAACUUGUCGCAAACCGUCCAACAAUCCAUAUCCCGCGAAGCCAAUCUUCCAAACCCCGAUCCCUCGGAAGACUCUGCGAGCGCCAAUUUGGUUAAGGAACAUUCCAAGUUCAUGUUAGCGACCUAUGCUAGACCACCGCCGGUAUUCGUAAAGGGUGAAGGUUCAUAUUUGUGGGAUCUAGAGAACCGCAAGUAUCUAGAUUUCACGGCUGGCAUUGCCGUCAAUGGACUUGGCCAUAGCCAUCCCGGUCUGGCCAAGGUCCUCUCCGAUCAAGCCCAAACUCUAUGGCAUGCAUCCAACCUAUAUUACAAUCCAUGGACCGGCGCGCUUUCCCAACUGCUAGUCGAGAAGACUUUAGAAUCAGGUGCCAUGCACGACGCGGCAACCGUCUUUGUCUGCAAUUCCGGCUCCGAAGCAAACGAGGCUGCUAUCAAGUUCUCCCGAAAGGUUGGCAAGGUCUUAGAUCCUACCGGCGCGAAGCACGAGUUCGUCUCCUUCCAAGGUUCAUUCCAUGGAAGAACCAUGGGAAGUCUUUCCGCAACGCCCAAUCCUAAAUACCAAGAACCCUUCGCGCCGAUGCUCCCGGGCUUUAAGUAUGGGAAAUAUAACGACGUCGGAGCUAUCAAUGAUCUCGUGACGGAUAAGACCUGUGGUGUGAUAAUUGAGCCUAUUCAAGGAGAAGGAGGAGUAAACGUCGCCAGCGAUGAAUUCCUCGCCGCGCUUGCGAAAAGAUGUCGCGAAGUCGGCGCCGUCCUCAUCUAUGAUGAGAUUCAGUGCGGUCUAUCGAGGACCGGUACUCUCUGGGCUCAUAGUCACCUACCCAAGGAAGCACAUCCAGACAUCAUUACUACCGCAAAGGCUCUCGGCAAUGGUUUCCCUAUCGGUGCCACGGUAGUUAACAACCAUGUUAGUGAAAAAAUCAAGAUUGGUGACCACGGCACGACCUUUGGUGGUAAUCCGAUGGCAUGCCGUCUUGCCCACUACGUGGUUUCUCAGCUAUCAGACCCAAAGUUGCAGAGCGAUGUCAUCUCCAAGUCCAAAAUCUUCAAGCAAGGGUUUGAACGCUUGCGAGAGCGAUACCCCGACCUAAUUACCGAAGUUCGCGGUAAAGGUUUAAUUUUAGGCCUACAGUUGACCCAAGACCCCUCGCCGAUACUGAAAGCUGCUAGGGAGAGAGGACUAUUGGUGAUCACAUGUGGAACCAAUACACUCAGAUUUGUCCCGCCUCUCACUGUCAGCGAAGAAGAAAUCCAGAGCGGACUUAAUAUCCUAGAGAAGGCUAUUGAGGCAACUCGAUGAAUAUUAUUUUUCUAUCAGCAAGGCGUUUAGGGUUACUCUAAAAAGGGGGUUCUGUCUUACAAUUAGAUUUCUACAUAGCCGUAGUUCUAGAUAUUUAUUUAGUAAAAAAUCUUGAUAUAUACUAUUACAACUUCUUACUACAUAUAAC